AUGGACUUUGAGCAUUUCCUCGAUUUAUGCGGCCGAUCGCUCUUCGCGGAGGAAUACAAAGGAGAUCUCGAUGCAGCCUGGGACUACCUCGAGCUCCACUCAGUGCAGCAAACCGACGAACCGGACGAUCUAAAUAACAAGGCAGAAUACCUGCGCUGUUCGUCUAUUUACGGAAUUCUAAUCGGCAAUUUCGCCCACGCAUACGAACACCUGAAUUCCCUCUUCGACCUACUCCCCAAACUACCGCAAGAAUGGGGUUUGCGAUACACGAAUUAUAAAGUUCUCGCCGAUUACACGCGCCGCUUCUGCCCGGCGCUCCGCUUCUACCAUGAGCGAGGGUUCCCGCUUAACGUUGUCAUGGUCGGCGAUAUCGUCGGGCCACAGGAGUUUUCCGUGAAAUUCAUGGAAAAUAUCCACCAAUACAUGCCCAAGGGAGUACCCCGAGAUCAGGGCCUCGCGCAAGUCUUGAAUGUGGUGCAAUGGAUAUGUGUGCAUGUUCGGGACCUGACGUCUCGAUAUCAUCCGCUCUCACCUGGUGGAUCAGGGUAUAAGCCUGAGACUAAUACUUCGCCUGAUAUCGCAGGGAGGGCAAAUGGAUUGUUGAAAUUCCGGGCGGCGGCAGAUACGAAUGGCGCGGCUAGUCUUGCGGCCUAUUUGACUAGGCUGGUUGUUGAAAUGCAUAUUGCAUGUCAGAAUCCCGAAACGGGAAUCAUGCUGGUCGACUUGUAUCAGCGGUGUGAGAGGGUGAAUGAUUAUGCCGGUAUGGCAAAUGCGAAGUUGAUUGAAGGGGAUAGUAUUCUGUGUGCUCCGUUUACGAGCCCGCUUGCCAUGAACCUGAUUGUUGUUAAUGCCUCUGCUGCGAUUGGUGACGAUGCUCUUUGGGAUCCCAUUGAGCUUGAUCUUGAAUUUGAGUACUCUGCUGAAGUCAAACAGUGUUAUGAAUCUGCUCUUGAGCUUUUUGAUAAAGGCAGCUGCAAGAGAGGUCGGGCGGCUGUCUUACUUCGACAAGGGUGCUGUCUGCAUUAUGUAGCACGUUUGCAGCGAUCCAUGAAUGGGGAAUAUCUCACUCUUUUGGGAGAAUCAGAGGUCAAACUGCAAGAGGCACAAGACAUGUUUGGUAGAGAUGGAGCCAGUAAACAACUGGUCAAAGCACAUCAAGUACUGCUUAGUAUUUCCAAAGGGAAUGCUCAACGCGUGAAGCUGGCCGCGCGAGAGAUUGGAACGUGGUGCGCGGACGCAAAGAAUGAGAUGCUCGCCCAUUUCAUUGGACGGUUCUUAUUACGAUUCGGUAAUCAGGAAUGGUUCAAAUAUUCCAACAUGGACACAGCAAUACAGACUUGGGAGUGCGCCUUCGAGGUCCUGAAGCCAACUGGGGACCUUGUUCCCUUGUUUCAGUCCGUGGUAGCUCGCGCAUCUAUUCAGCACGAGUGGUUCAACUCGAGUGCGGCAAGAAUCCUCAUCAUGGAGGCUUUGACCAUGGUUGAUGGAGUGCGAGAAUAUUUCCAAACCAAGAUCUCAUCUGUACCAGAGACCCCACUAGAUGAACUGGACCGGACAAUGCUGCGGACAGAACAGGGAACUCUUUUCUGGACUUUCAAUCAAUACGCUAGCAGAGUGUUUUUCUCAAACGAAGAUAUGCAGCCUUUAUAUGAUUUGCGGACAAGGUACAAAGGUUGGCUUGAGACUGACGACAAUUUCCGAUUCUGGAGGGAGCUAAUAGAGAACCCUGGUGAUAUCGGUAAUGGAUUUAAGCCUCAAAUUACAUUUGGCAAAGACAUGUUCAAGGAUCUCUGGCAAACAUCAAUGUCUGAUGAGGAAGCACAUAUCAGGUACAAGUCGGCAGAGACCGGUUUCAACAGGUUAUUGGCCGAAGGUGAUGUCUUAGGGGCAGAGGGGCUAUUUCGUCGAUACCUAAGUGAAGCGAAGCACCAAGACAAAGUCCACAUGAGAGAUCUUUACCGGGCCCUGGCUUGUCAUAGGAUUGGAGAUCAAGUCCAAGCACGGGAGGUCCUAGACUCUAUGACGGAUGAUGUGUUGUUUGAGGGACACCUAGAAGCUUUUCAGCAAGGCAUCGCUAUCAGGUCUGCUCUUCCGCUACGGGCGCAGAAUGCCUUGACCUUUACCUUGUUGAGUGGCGAUAUGGAGAGGGGCCGAAAACUCAUUAAAAUGAUCGUCGAGAUGAGUCCAAUGUUUUUCAAUUCGGUGCUGGACAAUGCCCUCGAUUAUUCGCAGCGGCUUACUCAAUACGCGGCCUUCAUGAAGGAUGUAGAGCCUGAGAAAUCUUUUGAAAUGCUUCUCCGUGCUCGAGAGAUCAUUGAAACCAAGAGAAAGCAGAGCUCAGAUUUGGAUGCGCGCGUCUCGGGCUCUGCUGCUGCUUGGAGUUUCGAGAUGUAUCUUGACCUUGCACGUAUAUGCCUGACCGCUGAAAGUGGACAUCUCCCUUUGAGCGUUUUAUCAGGAUACGAUCAUGGCCACUUUGACGGGAUAUCGUGGAAGGAUCAUGCAUUGCUCUUCAUUGAGAUGAGUAGAGCACGUGCUGUGCUAGAUUCUUUGCAGAAACAAGCAACCCAACCUUCAGGGCUACCUGGAGCCCCUAAAACCGCGCAAUUAUCCGAGGCUGUCCAGAAACGCCGUCUCUUGAGAUCAUUAAUGUCUCUGGGCAAGUUGUCCCCGGAUCAAGAGAAAGAAGUUGCACAGUUGCAAGAGGAGAUCAAGGAUUUGGAAGAAAAUGGGUCGCUCUCUUCUGCAACUACUUUUAUCGAGACGGUGAACACCAUCAUUGAGCCGAAAUAUUUAUACCAAAGCAUCGAUCCCGAUGCCGUGGUUAUUGAGGCGACAUUUGGAUCCCGAGGAUUGAUCGCGUUUGCAGUGACCAGUGACGGUAUCCAGCAGACAUAUCAGUCAUCGACAAACCACCCCGAUAUCCGGAGACCUGUUAUGAGAGCCAUGCAGAUCAUGAGAGAGAUGACUGGCUAUAUUGGGGAACAGGAGGAAGCUCAGAAGAAAACGCUCAAUGAACUUUGCAACGAGGUCUCCAAAGCGUUGCUGGUGCCCUUUGCCGAGAUAAUCCGAGCCAAGGGGCAUGUCAUCUUCUCCGUGUCCGAUCCGUUGACUGCGUUCCCUUUCUCAGUCCUCCCCUUUGAUGACAAGCCUCUGGUAAUGCAAGCCGUUGUCUCUCAAGUCCCGAGCUUGGCAGUACUCUACUAUCUUUCCCAACGCAAGUCGACAUCAGCCUCACCGACCGUGUCAGUUUUGGCUAAAGCCCCUUCAGAAGAGCCAUAUAGUACCACCCGGGGAGGCCAAGAAGUCAAUCUCCACAUGGCGGGUAUAGAAGCUGUCAACAUUGCCCGCAUGUUCGCAACAUGGCCUAUCGAGGCGUCUCAACUAUCACGGAAAGACUUUCGGCAUUAUGUCGAGGGGGGAUCAUUGAUCAUGCAUAUCGGGACGCACGGUGACAUCAACUCUCGCAACCCCCUCCUUUCGUCUAUUUCGAUUGGCCAAGGCCAGGAUUUCCGUGUGGUGGACAUGUCAGCGAUUCAAAGCAACGUGAAUCUCCUGGUCUUUGCUGCUUGUCUGAGUGGUAUGGGCAAGGCAACCAUCGGUAGCGAAGUUCUAGGCUUUUCUCACGUUGUGCUCAGUACUGGAUGCCAGGCCUAUAUCGGAUCCCUGUGGAAAGUGAGCGAUUUUGGCUCGAUGUUGGUCAUGACGCUCUUCUAUCGACACCUGAAGGAAAAUCCGCAGUGGGCUGUGGCGCAAGCUAUGAGAGCGGCACAGUUGGAUCUAUUGCAGCUGGACACGGAAAAGGCCGGGAUCCUUCUUGAUCAGAUGUUAGAUAAUUGGACGUCCCCCGGUGCAGACGACGGGCGACAACCUGCAGAUUUCGUGCCCGACGCUGAGUUUCUUUUGCUCACGUUGAAAAUGAUCUUGAACCAGCUGGACUGGUCCAGUCCGUUUUACUGGGCACCAUUCACCCUUGUGGGGGAGGUUGAAUCGAAUUCCUCUCGUUAUCUACCCGUGCGUGGCCAACAUUCCUUUGGCUUUCGGACAGCACCCGUGGAGCCGACUCCGUCAUUCGCUCGAGCACAGCGGCGACAUUGCGUCCCCAUCCCGGGCCCGUCGUCGUUCCCUGCAAUUCACCGUCCUGCGGCUGUUCGACUCGCGAACCCCGUCAACCACGUCCCCCGCAUAACCCCUAUCACAUUCCAACCCACUCGAUCGGACGAAAGUCUCCCCCUCAGUCAUCAACGCGACGCACACCCCCUCCUUAGCGUCCCCGAACGCCGUCGCAGUCGCUUAACCCCCUCCCCAACUAGUCUUAUCGUUGAGCACAGCCACGGGGAAUCCGAAAGCGGGCGCACAAGCAUCGCUCUCCCUCCAGGUCAUCGGCGCAGCGGUCAAUUUUCCCCCACAGUUGAAAUGGCGGCAGCUUUUGCUGGGAGUGCGGCGCGGGAUGUCGAAAAUCUGCGACCACCCGAAGAAGUCCAUUUCGCACUAGAUGGCACUCGAUCCCGAGAAGACGGCCGACCGCGUCAUGCACAAUCUCAAACCUCUCUCCGAUCUCAAUCUCAAAUCGCCUCCGUUCCCUCGAUCACAGGCCCCGCCCCCGAUGUUGCUGAAGAGCUGGCUUGGGGCCCGGCGCACCCCUGUUACCCUCACCUCAACCCUCAUGUCCCUAUCAAUUCGCCGGAAUAUCUCUCAACGCGGGUCAUACGUGUUCGACGCGAUUGGAUGAUCAAGGCGGAUUUGGCACCUACAUUUUCAAAUCUUUACCCUGAGAUUCUGGAUCCGUUACUGUCGGAGCAGGAGUUCCGCAAAGUCAUCGCCACCGUGAAUACUGGGGUCAUCAAAGCUUUUGAUCCGUUCAGCUUACGGAACUGGAUAGAUGGCGCGCUUGGCUUGUUGACUGGCUGGAUCUGGGAUGACUUGAACGGGCCUGGCGUCAAAGACUCAUUGCAAUACGUUGAGACAUGGCUCGAUAAAUGGAACCGGGAAGUUGGUUCCAAAGAUGGGGUUCACAUCUGGAGUCUAAGACGCACGGCAUACAUGUCCCUUGAUAUUCAGAUCCCUGAUCCCAAGGUUGGCAUCGUCCCCAGCGAGGCACCCUCUUUGCCAAACACCAGGCCGAGUACCGGAGUUGGCCCCGCCAAUUGA